UCUUAGGCUCCUCCUCCCGGUGAAACUGCAGAUAUGUGGAAUAUGUGGCAUUUAGUCUGGAAGCGUCUGGAUUGAAGGUUACGGCAGAUUUCAGCACAAGGACUGCUCCUCUAUCGGGCAUUCAUAGACAGAGAAACAAUGCCAAACUGGGGAGGAGGAAACAAGUGCUCAGCGUGCAGCGGGACGGUGUACCAUGCAGAGGAGGUGCAGUGUGACGGGAAGAGUUUCCACAAAUGCUGUUUCCUCUGCAUGGUCUGCAGGAAGGGUUUAGACAGCACCACAGUGGCCAUCCACGACCAGGAGAUCUACUGCAAGUCAUGCUACGGGAAGAAAUACGGACCUAAAGGCUAUGGCUACGGGCAGGGAGCGGGGACGCUAAACAUGGACCGCGGCGAGCGGCUGGGAAUCAAACCAGAGGAGACUCACACCCACAGACCUACAACCAACCCAAACCCGUCCAAAUUCGCCCAGAAGUUUGGAGGCUCCGACAAGUGUGCGAGAUGCGGAGACUCCGUCUACGCGGCGGAGAAGAUCAUGGGAGCAGGCAAGCCGUGGCACAAGAACUGUUUCCGCUGCGCAAAAUGUGGUAAAAGCCUGGAGUCGACGACUCAGACGGAGAAGGACGGCGAAAUUUACUGCAAAGCUUGUUACGCCAAGAACUUUGGGCCUAAAGGCUUCGGUUACGGCCAGGGAGCCGGCGCUCUGGUCCACGCUCAGUGAUGAUCCAUCUCCUGCUGGAAGAUUUCUGCCUGCGUCUCCGUUCAGAAAGCGGGCUUAACUUAUUUGUAAUACAGGUUUCAGAACAGCUGAUAAAUCGCACAAUUGCAGAGAGUUCAUUUCAUUUGUCCCUUUACUUGUGACAGUUUAAAGACAAUAAAAGCUGAGAAAAAAAUCUAAAUAUAUUAAACUAGAAAGUAGAAAGAUUUACUAAUUUCAUAGUAUCUGCAUUAUGUGUGUAGGUGUGACUCAGCAUGUUCAAAAAGGACACAGCAAAUGUAGUUGAAAUGUGAAAAGCAGGUUAGUUAUGCAGGUUAGAUAUGUUUUACCUUUACUAAAUUAAUUACAGAGCAUUUACUGGCUUUGUAAAACAAAUGCAACGACAUGAAAGGGAGACAUUUUUCUGUCUCUAAAGAUCUUAAAACUGCUUUACAAGCUGAUUUAUGGGGGAAAUGUUGUUCCAUUAUUGUUGCAGAGAAUGUUUUGUAAAAUAAACUGCAGUAUAGAAAUUAAA